GACCUCAAAGUUGCUGAAACAGCAAAAUUAAUAGCAUCAUCAUAAUCAUUGCAACAGCUAGCUAGCUAGCUCAAUAUCGAAACUAAAAUGGGGCUUUUUUUCUCAAGAAGUAAGAAAAAAAGGAGCAGUAAAGACAUCCUUGAAGAGCUGGAGUUAUCGAUCAAGAAAUUCUCUGAGAGGAAGCGUCGCAAUGCUCAACACGAGCGAAGCUUUGUUGGGUACCUGCUCAUCUUGUCGUUCUUUAUGUACCUUAUUGGUCUCCUUAUUUUCUACCUUUACUACCUCCCCACUACCUGGCCAGAGAGAGUGUUGUAUGGUACACCAUUUGUUCUCUUCCCUGUUAUAAUUUACUUUGUUAAGAAGCUACUGAACAUGUACUUUCUCCAGCGGGCCACAGAGUUCGAUGCCAAGCUGCGUCUGCUGCAUGAAGAGAAGAGAAAGACACUGAAUGAAGUGAUGGAGAAAGAGACAUACAAAACUGCAAGGGAACUCCUGGAGAAGUACGACCCCAGUAAUCCCUCCCUGCAAACCACGCCCAGUAGAGGCGGUCCUCGACAAGCAUCCAAUCAGAAUGCAGGACAGGAGUUGCGGCGGAGACGUGCCCCUCCAUCAACUCCACACCCUGCACUCAUGCCGCAGAAUGUUGCUAUGGCAACGCCUCAGGUUCCCAGACCACCAAUUCCCAUGGCAACUCCUGUGGCCCCAGUGUCCAAUCAGCAGCAGCCAUUAGCCGCCCCAACACCAGCUCCAGUGCCAGCCACCCCGCAACCAUCAUUGCAGCACAUCCCUCCAGGAAUGUGUGUGGGAGCUGCCCCAGGACCACCCACCCCCUGUCCCAUUCUGCCGAGGGAUAGGACUAAUGUAGACAAGAUGGUGGAGUACCUAGUUGGUGAUGGUCCCAACAACAGAUACGCUCUCGUCUGCUCCGAGUGCAAGUCUCACAACGGAAUGGCCCUCAGAGACGAGUUUGAGUACCUCGCCUUCCGCUGUGCCUACUGCUACAGUCUCAACCAGGCUCGUAAGAAGAGACCCACUCUGGAGAGGCCUCCCAGUAUCAGCGGGCCUCAACCCACGGAGGAGACACUGCCAGGGGAGGGUGCAGAGAACAGGAACGGUCACAAUGGUAACGAACAGCCGUCUCCUCAGCACAGGCGUCGAUCCAGAGGGCAAAGGUCAUCCUCUCAGUCUAAUGAAGGGAACGUGACGCCCACCCCCACUGACGAAUAACUCAUUCAGAAAUCACUAACUAUAUCGUUAUAGCACAGUCUAUUGCAUGUGUGUGCAUGUGUGUGGUCCUUGUGUGUGGUCCUUGUGUAUUAAUUUAUACACUUUAUAUGAUUUAUUGUAUACAUGUCUUGAAAUUAUUCCUCACUCCGAUAAUUAUAUGAGUCCCCCCCUGUUAUAAUUAUUAUUAUUUACUUUGCAAUCAGAAACAAUUUAAUAUGCAUGUUAAUUGGUGUACCAA